AUGGACUCUUUCAUGAUCACGAUAUCUGCUCUUCUAGCCAUGAAAGCAUACCAACCUCGCAUCGCAGUCAUUGGCGGUGGUCCAGGCGGGCUAACACUAGCCCUCCUUCUGCACAAGCACAACAUUCCCGUCACCGUCUUCGAACUCCGACCAAGACCCACAGAAACAGAAUUCACUCAACCUGCAGGAAUGCUCGAUCUCCACGAAGAAUCUGGACUGGCCGCAAUACGAGCUUGCGACUUGAUGGAAGAAUUCAACUCGCAUACCGGAGUGUGCAGUGAAGCACAGAUCAUCGCGACAAAGGAUGGAAAGGUGAUCUACUCUGAAGAUGGUGGGCCAGAAUCACGACCUGAGAUCUCGAGGAACUCUUUAGGCAAGAUUUUGUACGAUCGAUUGCCCGAAGCAGCGGUGAGAUGGGGAUUUAAGCUGAGCUCGGCCAAGCAAGUGACGGCUACCGACGGUGGCACAGAGAUCGAGCUAGAUUUUGGUAGUAAAGGGGAGUACACCUUCGAUUUCGUGGUAGGGUCAGACGGGACCUGGUCGAAGGUUCGGAAAAUGUUGACUGACACGAAACCGACAUACUCUGGAAUCCAGCUUAUGAAUUUGACAAUUCGAGGUAUCACCAGCAAAUAUCCGGAGCUUGCGGCGUAUAUCGGUACAGGGACAUUCACGUGUCUCGGACAACAACAUGGAGUUAUGUCUCAAAGAGGCCUUCAUGAUUCGGCAAGGUUGUAUCUGUGCUUCAAAAAGGCAGAUGAGCAAUAUAGUGCCACUGCAGGCAUCCGAGGCGCACCGCCUGCGCAGGCUCGAGACAGACUACUCCACGACGACGCACUGCUAGGCAGGUUCGGACCGAAAAUCAAAGAGCUUGUUCAAGUUGCGUAUGCUGAGGAAGCAGAACAUAGCCCAGAUGCUGAGCCAGCCAUUGUGCCUCUAUACGUCCUCCCUCCGGGUCAUAGAUGGGAGCAUCAGACAGGAGUUACAGUGAUAGGGGAUGCGGCACAUGUGAUGCUUCCGUUCGCUGCAGAGGGUGUGAAUCUUGCGAUGCGAGAUGCCCUGGACGUUGCAGAUGUCAUCAUCAAAGCUACCGAGACUGCUAAAGGUGAUAGAGCUCGUUUCCAUCGACUUUUGGAUCUGUCUAUAGAGGGGUAUGAGGUACAAAUGGCAGAGCGGGCGAAGGAGAAGGCUGAUGAGGCUGACCAAAAUGCUCGGAUGAUGUUUGGGUUCGAAGACGGCGCAACCGCUAUGGCUGACUGGAUGAAUGCAGCGAUGCAAGCAGCGAUGGAGCAAGCAGAGCCGCCGAAGAUAAUGAUGGAGUGA